AUGUCUGUUCUCACUAACAACCUCUUCAAACCAAUUAUGGUGGGUCGCAUCAAACUUGCCCACCGUAUUGCCAUGGCCCCAUUAACUCGAGUUCGCGCAGACCCAGAAACAGCAGUCCCAACCAACGUUAUGGAAACCUAUUACAAGCAACGCUCACAGGCCCCAGGCACACUUAUUGUGACCGAGGCCACCGUCAUUUCAGAACAAGCACGGGCAUUCCCAGGUGUGCCUGGUAUUUGGACAAAAGACCAAGUGUCUGGCUGGAAAAAAAUCACAGAUAUUGUUCAUGAUCAACACUCAUUUAUUUUCCAGCAAUUGUGGGCUGUGGGUCGUGCAGCAAAGCCCAACUAUUUAUUCUCGCUUGGGAACGACUUUGUAUCAUCGUCAAAUGUACCGGAUCUCACUAGUCCCUACAACCAAGAAGGAAUUAUUCCUCGUGCUUUAACUAUUGAAGAAAUUAAACAAUACGUGAAAGAUUUCGCACAGGCAGCCAAAAACUCAAUCGAAGCUGGGUUUGAUGGUGUCGAGAUUCACGCAGCAAAUGGAUAUUUGCCACACCAGUUUCUUGACGAAACUGUCAACCAUCGCACGGACCAGUAUGGCGGGAGUGUAGAAAAUCGGGCAAGAUUCACUUUAGAAAUUGUUGACGCCAUUUCAGAAGCCAUUGGCUCAGACCGUUUGGCCAUCCGUUUAUCACCCUAUGAAACGUAUGGCGAUAUGAAGUAUGGUCCUGCUACUCUUGAACAAUACGCGUAUCUUCUCAAGGAACUUGAAGUGCGCGGCCUCAAGUCUGGCGGUCGCCUAGCAUACAUUCAUACUGUGGAAAACACGUUUGAUGCCACAAACUCUGUGGGCGAACCCAUUCUCAAACGACCCUUAGAGUUUGUACGUAACGUUUGGUCUGGUGUUUGGAUCCGCACCCAGCACUUUAGUCGUGACCUGGCGCUAGAUUUUGCAGACUUGGACGACAAACUGGUGAUUGGAUUCGGAAAAAUGUUCAUUUCAAACCCAGACCUGGUGCGUCGGAUCAAAGAAGAUUUGCCUCUGGCCACACCGGAUUUUACCAAACUAUAUACUGGCGGUGCGAGUGGGUACAUUGACUAUCCAGAAUAUGCAGAAAAGAAAUAA